UAUCGAUUUCAGCCAAUCAAAUUCGUGAAUUCGGUAGUUCCCAGUCCUUGUGAGACACAGCCAUGUAAUAAGUACUGUUAAAAGAUCGGUUGUGAUGAUUAUCGUCCUGCUAGCAGGGCGGUUUCGUUUUUUAGGAGAAAAAGAAAGCGGUCUGUGGUUUCGAAGGAACAAAAUAUGGCGGUUGGCGGAGUGUUCACCCCAGACCCCUUAAAACAGACCUUCGUAACUGCAAGCGUAUAAAAUGGCUAAAAAGAAGUCGCUGGUUAUUAACUUGUUACACUCGUAAGACUUAUCUAGCUUUGGCCUCCACAGACUAGACAUUUAGUUGUCGACAACUAAAUGUUAUUGACAGCUGCGGCCGAUACGAGCAUUCCACACAUUGGAGUGUUAGUUGUCGAUGUGUAAGUAAGACCUUGGGAACUUAUAAGUUCACUGUGCACGAACCAAUGAUUCGCACACACGGGAACUGAAAACGACCAAAAACGUUGUUGUCGACAAAUAUAACUUGUCUACAAAUAAAGCAGCUUCCCUUUUCGAAAAGGGAAACUGCUUAGUUUUCCAUAACUAAAAAUUUAGCGUUUAGUUGUCAACAACUCAUCUCACACGCAACACUCUUUCUUUAGUUGUCGAUAACAAAUAGUUUUCUGUUGCAAAUAGUUGUCGACAACUAAAUGUCUAGUCUGUGGAGGUCUUUAGAGUUGUUUCUUUUUCUGACUCGAUGAUUAAAGCGAGUCCAUGUGUCCUAGGCUUAAUCAUGCAGAUUGAGUAUAGGUUGCGACAAGAAAUUAAAAUGGGUCCUUGAAAUUAGUACAACUCACUUGUUAUUGUUUUUCAAACUAGAAUUGGCCGUUAGUAAAUUACAGAAUGAGAACUUUAACCUAUAUGCUUACCCAGCAAAAUCUGACUCAUCUUAAUUUAGCCUGUCCCAUGAAAACACGAAAUUUCGUGCCAUGUAAUUUAGCCUUCUUUCUUGAAACGACGAGGAAAGAAAAUAACGACUGCUAAUUCGAGCUAAUGGUCCACCUGCGCUAUGAAUCCAGACAACCACAUAUCCAAAAACAAAGGACCUGUUUGAACAGUUCGAGAUUAUGCCUUUUGUGCUAAACGUGAGGUAUACUGAUCUUGCUAAUUACCAACCGCGUUGAAUUUUGUCUCGUUGAUAAUUUUUUCUAAAACACAGUACAAGUUAUGGACUUCUGUCAUGUAGUUUCGAAUAUACGUACUUUAAAGCGAAAUUCUGAUCACAUGUAUCACAUGAAUGUAUGUAGGCAGAGGGGAAAAUAGUGUUUGGCAACAAUUUUCAGGCUUGCCUGACCAAAAUUUUAAUUAGUUCUUUCACAAUUGUCGUUGUUAUCAGAAUAUCUUGGAUUUCCUUUGUUUUUAUUCCCUUUCAUGCCACAAGUAAUCUAUUCAUGUACUAGUCUAGACAUUGUGUUAUAAAUAACGCCUUGUAACCGCAUUCGGCUAAUUCCCAGAACUGUGUAGCACCAUUGAAAAGUUAUUGCGUGUCUGGGGCUAAGAAGGUUUAUCAUCAAAAGACGUAACUGAUAAAUUGUGCUCACGAAAGCACAUUUCUUCUCUGAGCUGUGUCCACCAUUGAAAAGAUAUCUGCGCGUCACCUACAAACUCUAAUCCCGAAAGCACAUUUCCGCAUCCUUUCUUAGUUUUAUCACAUUUGGAGACAAUAACAAAGAUAUCAACCUCGUUUUCAAGGUUUCCCAUUAACUAUCGCCGUGUCCGCCAUCUUGGAUAAACAUUCGCCAUGCACUAGAAACGAGAAGAAAUCUGGAAAAAGAAACCUGGGACGAGUCGCAUCUCGCAGUCGCUUCUGGGACUCAGUUCUACAAGCCACUGCGAGAUGAGACUUGCCCCAGCUUUCUUCUCGUUUCUAAAGUGUUGAAUGGGAACGAGGUUGGAGGAAUUUUUCGAUCUCAGCUGCGCUUGUUCCUUGAGCAUUAUUUUUAUACAAAGAUCUCACAUGGUUAGCUUUGAAGAGCUAUGUAUAGAUAACCCUUGUUUUGUGGUCAGCUUCUGUGACGGCGUUACCUAAAUUAAAUUGAAGUUUUUCUCAUGAGUUGGUCGACCUUUCGGAGAAUGGUUAUCACUUAAAUCUUUCCUCCUCAUCAUGGUCAAGUAACAUUUUUUAUGCACAAUUUAGUAGAAUUUACUCUUCAUAGCCUCGUACAAUCUGGAGUAAUAUAAAUUUCCCUGAGAUUAUUGAGCGAACAACAACAACAACAACAACAAAAAUAGACGUGGGAAAACAAAUGGCCGCUCGAAUUGGGUACUAACAGGACGGGCAAUUCUACUUUUAUCGUCUAGUCGAUCACAGGUUAUUAAAUCACUUAUUUUAUAGUGAGUCGUUAGAUAAUUAUGCACGUGCAACUCACCCGGUUUUAGUUUCAUUUUUUGCUUUCGAUUAUCAUUGUUGCCUCAGAAUGCAAUUCAAGACGAAAUCACCUCUUUCAGGAAAUUCGAUUCGGCUAGUAUAAUUUUUUUCCCCCAUGUUUUAGGUUGACAUUGAUUGUUUGGGAUUUUUUUUUUCUUUUGAAUGUCUCUUUCAUCGACGAAUGGAAACAGAUCUAAUCAUUUACGUAAAUCAUAAUAGAUGCGCUUUUUGAUUCGGCCGAAAUUUUUUCCAGUCAGAAAUUUUAAAAACGACAAACAUCCGUUAAUGCUACUUUUCAUGUAUGCAAUUUUAGCAGUAGUCCUAGAUUAAUCCGAAAAUACCAAGCGGCUCUUUAAACAGAGAAAACUACAGCUAAUUAUAGAUCGGUAAUUGCCACAUUUACGAAUUUCAGUGUGACCAACAAACGUGGCUCGGGAACUGCUCCCUCAGACUACAUGGCGACGUUUUUGUCUAAUCUUUGUUUCUCCGCUUGGAAAAAUCGACGACUCAAACAUAACGGAAAGAAGCGCAAAUCAAUUAAAACAGGUCGCCAGGCAGGUCGGUCUUGUUGACUGGACGACAAACCUAAAUGAUAUAUUUUGUAAUUGCUGCUAUUGCGAAAUAUGUAUAUAUUGGUGGGCGUUAAGUUCCGACCCUCGCCAUUCAAUAUUUGCUAAUUACAGAAUUAAACCAGGACAAAGGGACAAGUUAGUUUGAGCACUUACCAAAUUUUGAUUGUAAGCUUGCUGCGAUUCAAUUUUUUUCUCUCUCAACUUAAAGGCUAUUUAAGGCCAACGACUGAAAUUAGUCAUUGAAACGCAGUUGACUUCUAGAUCAGAGUUGUUCAAAGGCAUAUUUUGGGAAGGAGAUGACGUUAGCAAUGACGUCAUUUAAGUGGAUCACGUGGGGAUAGCUUAACCAAUCUCAAACAAGCACUCACCACGAAAUAAAUGUUUUGUCAUCUAACACAGAGGAAAGGAGCGCGUUGAAGAGUUAUAACGAAAAUCUGCCGUUGACCCGUCUCCUCUGUUCGUUUUUCAUGAAGGCUGAAGCAGACCCUGAAAGAGGAACACAGUUUAUCUGUUAAGCACCGGCCAAACAAUCACAACAUUUUAACGUAACAUAUCGCAACAUUGUUGGGCGCAACAUGUUGCGCUCGUUUGGCCACCCUAUUGCGACUUGUUGCGACAUGUUGGAUGUUACUGGCUCAAAUUCGACCAUUUCAAAUUUGACCCAACAUGUCGCAACAUGUUGCGCCCAACAAUGUUGCGAUAUGUUGUUUCGAAAUGUUAUGAUAAACACGUGAUACUGCUUGUCAAGCGCUGCGCCCGUGGUGUUGUCAGGCGCUCAAAACCUAACCAUCAAGCACCACGUGCACGUUCCAGCCUGAGGACGAGGAAGCACGUGCUGUGAAAGAACUGACCGGCAAAUUUAAAAGGUCGAUUUUCGCCAGACAAUGCUAAUAGAAGAACGAUGUACAACGUGACUAAUAAAACGCGAAUAAACAGAGCCGAGGUCUUCCCAUCGUCCUUUGUGCGCUGUUUUCCUAACACAGUACUACGAUUACCAGUUGAGUAAGGCGCGACGAAAGUUUGGUCACCAGGUUUGUGAAAAUCUUUUUGUUGCCACAGGCAACUGACUCCGUUUCCAGUGGCAACUUGUCGGCCUUUGACGUCAUUGGGAGCAAAGCGCACGAUGUUAUAGGCGACGCGACAGGCGACGCGACAGGCGACGCGACAGGCGACGCGACAGGCGACGCACGGCUUUGUUACCAAUGGAAACGAGGUAAGUUGCCCGUGACAACACUAUAAUUUAUAAGGUUAAAACUUCGUCACCAAACUUCCGUCGUGUCUUACUCAAGUGAUAAUCAAAAUAAGGGGACACCCUUAGUACCAUGUUCUUUUCAGUCGAAAGAAAAAGAAUAAAAACUUUUAGGCGAGCAAUCGGUCAGGCUGCAAUUUCCUGAUUGAAAAGCAAGUCCUCCAGAUAUCCAUCCAGGCUUUCCUUUGUUUGUUGUUGUUUAGUUUUGUGUUUUUUUUUAAUUUUCUCUUUCAUUUCGCUUGGGAAUUUGAACCGAUGGCGAUUGAGACUUGUUUCAAAAUUUAGCAAUCAAACACAAACAAUCAACAGAACGCGCGACCCUUAAAAGUUGGAAAAGGUUUUUAAACACAAGUCUGAGAUUACAAUUCUGUGAUUGAUGUAGAUGGCUGCAGGCGCAACCCAUGCCCAUUAAAAUCGACCUGUGAUUAUGCAAUCAAACUGAUUAACCUGUGACGAUAUUUUUUGGUUUUAUUUUUGUUUUCUCGUGUGUGUUUUUGCGAUAAACACUAGCACCCUGAGGGGAAUCUUCAAACGAAAGCUAGAACGUUUUACUUUGACUGUUUUUCUUUUCGCGGCCUCGAGUUUAUCUCUGUCUCUGAGGGUCUGGCGAUGACAGUAAUUAACCACGGUGAAUCGUUAUUUUUUUUUUGUCCUAGUCACCUGUCCUUUACGAUUCUCCACCAGAGUUAUUAUUCUAAAGGGAACAUGAGAAAUUAAGAUUACGUCUGCAAUAACCAUUUGCAAUGAACGUUACAUAAAACGGUCCAUUUUAUCCCAGAACGACAAUUUUCACUUCAGUACUUUGUUUCAAAUAUUACCCAAUAACACAGUAGCAAAAAAUAAAAUAUCUUUCAACGAACUGUUCGCAAACUGUUGUUUUCUCUUACGGGGGCGGAAUGGACGAAAACAGGAGGUGCCUAAUCCCUUUUAGCCUAAUACUCCUUGUCUCUGAUUUCGAGAGAAAAACAAAAUACCUUUCUUGUGCGACGAAAAACGCAAACUCUGCUGCUUCUGAGAUUCGAAUUAAUCGUGUGUCUUCAGCGGCCUAUUCGAUGCUAGCGAUUUCGCGGUAAAUAUUACUAGGCCGAGGAGAAGAAACAAAAGGCCCUGAAAAACACUUCGAUACAGUACACUGUGAACGUACGCUUGGUGCUAUAAAUCGAUGCGAAGCGAAAAGUCCUUCAACAGCGACGCACAAAUAGACGUUGAAUCUGCCUUAAUAUUUCAAUAUACUCUGUUCUGUAGGUUGAAAAUAAAUUAAUCUUACCUUUAACAACCACUACGAGUCGCAAACAGGCCGGGCGAUGAUAGCUGAUUACGCUUGGGCUUACUUAGACCAAGAGACGGCUACAAACUGUAAUGUUCAAGAUAAAUAAGCUAAGCAAAUGAGGCUAAUUACAUGCAAUUAACUGAAUUACCAAUGAUAUUUCAUUAAGGUUUUUUGGAAAUUAUCUCCAAUUGAUCAUAACUACAGCAAUUAGUAUCUUAUUUUAAAACAACGCCUUGGAUGAAAAUUACAUUGUCUCUAAAGUGGAGAAAAGUAAUUAUAAAGGACCCGCAUAAAUGUUAAACAAUUUGAAUUUCAGAUUUGGUAGCCAGAGAGAUGAUUGCAAAUUCAGAUCGUGAAGGGAUUGGGGUUGAGAAGGGUUUCGACGCGAAGCAGAUUGGGACCGAGCUAGUCAAUCCACCAAUCACAGUCAAAAGCCGGGAAAUUCGAAAGUAUCAACAUGGCCGCCGAUGGAAAACACAGCGUUCCUCAGGUCGCUUCUCGUUUGUGCGACAAUCAAAAUAAUCCUCAGGAAAAAGCCGCGAAUACGAAAGAAUAUCCUUGGCAAGCGGAGUUAAAAACAACUCGUGAUCACAGGAUUAUAAACGACAUUCUCGAACGAAGAAGCGUAGAGAUUCGAAUUCUUUACGAGCAGUGCCAAGAGUCCGAUGAUCAAUGCCGCUGCCUUGAGGAAGAAUGGUUGGCCUUAGUGACUGAGAAGGACAGAAAUCUUCGACAACAAAUUGAAGAGGAGAAUGAACAAGCUAAGAAUAAUCAAAUGAAGCAACUUUAUCUAAUCCUUGAAACUCUGGGCACUUUCAGCUUUACCAAACCAAAAGAGGCCAUUCUGAAGCGAAAUCUUGCAAAGGUGUACCAACAAGUUGGGAAAUACUGUAGCAGAAAUAACAUAGAUGUUACAACAAAAAGUACAGGUGGUGGUCCUACCGCACCCCUUCCCCCACAAAUGCUGAUACCACCUCCCCCUCCUCCACCCCCUCUGACUCCACUCAGUAAUAACAAAGCAACAGCUGAGAAAGAUUCUAGAAAUCUUUUGAGAAAGAGGAGUAUGUCAACUACAAAGAACCCAAGAACCCUGCAAAGUCAAGCUAAUGAAGAACUCCUCAAAAGAAUCAGGAAGGGCUGUAGAUCUGAGUUACGAAGCACACCUGUUAAACGCUCUCCUGGUGGGACACCGUUCAAACGACAGAGGCGCAUGUCUGACAGUGACACUUCUGACAUGCUUACUGUGGCUUUGAAGAGGAAAUUCCAAAAUGUGGCUGUUCAAAGCCCGAAAGAAAAUGAAUCUCCACAGUCAGUAAUGUCUCCUUGAGGUUUGCAAUAGAAUCUGCCUAUAGCCAUUUUAAGGGAAAAAAGAAAGCUCUUUUAUAAACAGCAAUAAUUCAUAUGAGCUAAAACUUUUAUUAUAAGCUUUUUAUUAUUCAUAUGUUCUCAAAGGGUACAACAAACAUGUAAACAUUAUCAUGCAGGUAAAAUGUACUGGACCGUAACCUUAUGUCAGAAUGACCUGUACAUAGCAGACAGACUUCAUCAUGUGCAACAUUUUGAUGAUAACAUGAUUUCCAAAAAUUUUCACUAAACAAUGACACAUGUUUCUUGUACAUAAACUGUACAAUCAUGGGUGGAAAAGUUACAAAUUAUCCAUCAUGUAAUCAAGUUUCAAAGUGAAAUUAUGGACAACAAAAUAAAUGUGACUAGAUAAGUAAACAUGAUGGUUAUUUGAAAUUGAAAUUAUUAUUCAAUACAUUUAAAACUGCUUAAAAACAGACUGGACAACACUGCUCUAAUGGGUGUGAUAAGAGGCUUGUAACAAAAAAUAAUACAAUAGAUUAUUUGAUAAGGUUGGUUUUCACUUUCCAGCAAGAAUAAGAACAUUUAAGUAUUAUCAUUCCUUUCAUGCAUAUGGCAUGCUGAUUCUAAUUCUUAUGUUGACUGUAGCUCGCUAUUGUGCUUUAUAAAGUCUGUGUCAUUAGUUAAAAUCACCACAGAGAAUUUGUAAGACUUGAAUUUUACUACUCAUGUUUUUAUCCAAACAUUAUGUGCGAGCUUCAUAGAUUUUCACUUGCCUGUAACUUCAUUUGAUGGUCUUAGUUUUCAAUGAU